AUGGCUACGCUUGUUUGCAGGGUGCAGUUCCUAGAUGAUACCGACCCUUUCAACAGCACCAACUUUCCCGAGCCUAGCCGGCCUCCGCUGUACACUUUCCGGGAAGACAUCACCCUCGUUACCCAACUGGCUGGGAUUCACCGAUUGCUCCGAGCACCCCACAAGCUUGAUGACUGCACACUCCAGCUUUCUCACAAUGGCACAUAUUUGGAUUUGGAAUCAACUUUAGCUGAGCAAAGAGAUGAACUGGAAGGCUUCCAGGAGGAUGCUGGGAGGGGGAAGAAGCAUAGUAUAAUCUUAAGGACGCAGCUGUCAGUGAGAGUCCACGCCUGCAUUGAAAAGCUGUACAACUCCAGUGGCCGAGAGUUAAGGCGGGCUCUUUUUUCCUUGAAGCAGAUAUUUCAGGAUGACAAGGAUUUGGUGCAUGAAUUUGUUGUGGCUGAAGGUCUGACUUGCUUAAUAAAAGUGGGAGCUGAGGCAGACCAGAAUUAUCAAAACUACAUCCUUAGAGCUUUGGGCCAGAUUAUGUUGUAUGUAGACGGGAUGAAUGGAGUCAUAAAUCAUAAUGAAACCAUUCAAUGGCUGUAUACUCUCAUUGGUUCUAAGUUCCGCCUAGUGGUGAAGACUGCCUUGAAGUUACUGCUGGUGUUUGUGGAGUACACCGAGUCAAAUGCACCCCUUUUAAUUCAGGCUGUCUCUUCAGUUGAUACAGAAAGAGGAGUCAAGCCAUGGUCUAAUAUAAUGGAGAUCUUGGAAGAGAAAGAUGGGGUUGACACUGAACUGCUGGUUUAUGCCAUGACUUUAGUGAAUAAGACUCUAUCAGGAUUGCCGGAUCAAGACGCUUUCUAUGAUGUGGUAGAUUGUCUGGAGGAGCUUGGCAUUGAAGCCAUUUCUCAGAGACAUUUGAACAAGAAAGGCACAGACUUGGACUUGAUGGAGCAAUUCAACAUCUAUGAGAUGACACUGAGGCACGAGGAUGGUGAUGAGAAUGCUGAACCUCCCCCCAAUGGACGGAAAGACCGGCGAAGGGCUAGUCUGGGUUCAAGUGAACACCGGGGAUUAAAUCGAAGAAGGAGCCGGAGGCACUCAGUGCAGAGUGUUAAAAGCACUUUAUCAGCUCCUACUAGUCCCUGUAACCAGCCAGCUCCUAGCUUCAAGCUUAGCCAAAGUCAUCCCGUUGGAGAUCUCUGUGAAAAAUAUAGCAACUAUGGCAACAGCUCUUAUCUCUCUACAAGAGGUUAUUCAGGAUCGAGUGCACCCACAACACCUACUUCAUCCCUCUCACCUCACCAGGAGGCCAAAUCAGAAAGGUCAUCAUUGAGUGGUCUCCUUACAUCGUCAUUUCGUCAACACCAAGAGUCAUUAGCAGCAGAAAGAGAGAGGCGACGGCAGGAGAGAGAAGAGAGGUUGCAAAGGAUAGAACGGGAAGAAAGAAACAAAUUCAAAUACAAAUACUUGGAGCAGUUGGCAACGGAGGAGUAUGAGAAGGAGCUGAGAAGUCGGAGUACAAGCCGCGGCAGGACUGAGCUCUGCUUAGACUUGAGUGCUCCUGCUGCCCCGUCCUCUCCAGUCCCUAAGUGCAUUAGCCCACCAUCUCUGCCGUCCCGAGAGGAGCUUAAGGAAAUUUCAGCAUCCCAGGAAACAACCCAGCCUGUUGAAGUGAGUGCAAGUGACCCUGACCCUGAAGCCGAGACUGAGACAGAAAGAGGGGAAGCAGAACACAAAGCCGAGGCUGGAGUGGAGCAGAGGGCGGAUGUGCCACGUCAGGAAGCGUUAUGUCGGCAAGGGGCACCAAAAAGUGAGGGGACCCAAGGACCAGAAGAAAGUGCAAUACUCAGUGAGAAGGAAAGGCAGAAUGAAGAAGUGAAUGAAAAAGACAACUGCUCAGCCUCCAGCAUUUCCUCCACAAGCAGCACUUUAGAGAGAGAAGAGAAAGAGGGCAAGUUAACCAGUGAUAAUGAAGCUGGUCUAUGGUCACAGACCAUUCAGGAUGCUGGUGUAAAUGAGCAGUGUAGCAACAUUCUCAACAACAAGCGGUUUAUGCUGGACAUGUUGUAUGCCCAUAAUAAAAAACCUAAGGAUGAAGAGGAGAAAGAGCCGGAGAAGGUGGAGGAGAGGAAGAGGACAGAAGAAGAUGAGGAGUCCAUCACUUGCGUAGCCAGUAGGAUCUCUGUUCUCCAGGCCAACACACAGGCUAAAGAUGAGAACGUCAGAAAGAUGGAGAUUGAAAAUUUGGAUAACCAGGGCAGUGUGAAAGCCUUUGCUGAGAAGUUCAACAGUGGUGAGCUCACAAAAGACUCAGCCUCAUCAGAGAUGGGAAUUGGUGAACAGGUCUCUGAUAAGACACAAGCACAACCAAAGAAGGAAUCAGACUACAUUUGGGAUCAGCUCAUGGCAAAUCCUAGGGAGCUGAAAAUCAAAGAGAUGGACUUCACAGACUUGGGAGAUGAGGAUGAUAUAGACGUUUUGGACAUGGAUUGGGGUCCUAGGGACUCGCUCAUUCCUCCUCCUCCACCUCCACCUUCCUUUCUGUGUUUGCCUCCACCUCCCCCUCCCCCUCUUUUUGAUUGCUCAUCUCCAACUCCAGCCCCUGCUAAUUUAUUGGCUCCUCCCCCAGUGUUUGGCACUCCUCAGGGUUUAGGGUGGCCCCAGGUUCCUAGGGGUCAGCCAGCAUUCACAAAGAAGAAGAAAACCAUCCGUCUCUUUUGGAAUGAGGUGCGGCCAUUUGAGUGGCAGUGUAAAAACAAACGCUGCAGAGAAUUCCUGUGGUCGAAACUGGAACCCAUUAAAGUGGAUACUUCCAAACUGGAGCACCUCUUUGAGUCUAAAUCCAAGGAACUGUCUGUCACAAAGAAAACUGCUGCCGAUGGAAAACGACAAGAAGUCAUUGUUUUGGACUCUAAGCGCAGUAAUGCUAUUAACAUUGGUCUGACUGUGUUACCCCCUCCGAGGACGAUCAAGAUUGCCAUUUUGAAUUUCGAUGAGUAUGCCUUAAACAAAGAAGGCAUUGAGAAAAUUCUCACCAUGAUUCCCACUGAAGAGGAAAAGCAAAAAAUCCAGGAGGCCCAGAUGGCCAACCCAGAUCUCCCCCUAGGCAGUGCUGAGCAGUUCCUCCUCACACUUUCCUCCAUCAGUGAACUGUCUGCCAGACUCCAACUCUGGGCUUUCAAAAUGGACUACGAAGUCAUUGAAAAGGAGGUGGCUGAACCACUUUUGGACCUGAAGGAAGGAAUAGAUCAAUUGGAAAACAAUAAAACCCUGGGCUUCAUUCUGUCUACUUUGUUAGCCAUUGGGAACUUCCUCAAUGGUUCUAACGCCAAAGCGUUUGAGUUGAGCUACCUCGAGAAGGUUCCAGAGGUCAAAGACACUGUGCACAAACAGUCUCUCCUUCACCAUGUGUGCACAAUGGUGGUGGAAAAUUUCCCAGACAGUACAGAUCUAUAUUCCGAGAUUGGGGCCAUCACUAGGUCAGCCAAGGUUGACUUUGAUCAACUUCAAGACAACUUGUGUCAGAUGGAACGAAGAUGCAAAGCAUCCUGGGAUCACCUCAAGGCAAUUGCCAAACAUGAAAUGAAACCCGUUCUGAAGCAAAGAAUGUCUGAGUUCCUGAAAGAUUGUGCAGAAAGAAUUAUAAUUCUGAAGAUUGUUCACAGAAGAAUAAUCAAUAGAUUCCACUCCUUCUUACUGUUUAUGGGCCACCCUCCCUAUGCGAUCCGUGAUGUGAACAUUAAUAAGUUCUGUAGAAUCAUCAGCGAGUUUGCCCUGGAAUAUCGCACUACCCGAGAGCGGGCCUUACAGCAGAAACAGAAAAGAGCAAACCACAGAGAGAGGAACAAGACCCGAGGGAAAAUGAUCACUGAUACCGGAAAAUUCUCCAGCAGUUCCACUCCCUCCCAGAGCCAACCACAGGGACUGGAAUAUGCAGAAGAUGCGGCUGAACAUGAGAAUAUGAAGGCUGUGCUGAAAACCUCCUCUGUUGGUGAAGAGGGCACCUCAGUGCUGGGCGUGAGGACACGAAGCCGAGCCAGCAGAGGCUCUACCAGCAGCACGUGGCACGCCGGCGUUGAUGACUCCCCCAACGUUACAGAUGAUGCAGCAGAUGAGAUCAUGGAUCGCAUCGUCAAAUCGGCCACCCAAGUGCCCAGUCAGCGAGUGGUGCCUAGAGAAAGAAAACGGUCUCGGGCAAAUAGGAAAUCACUAAGAAGAACUCUGAAGAGUGGGCUGACGCCGGAAGAAGCCAGAGCACUAGGCCUCGUCAGCACUUCUGAAAUGCAGCUGUGACUUCGGCAGAGGUGAUAACAAGAACUCUCUCCUCCCUAAGAUCAAGAUAAACUUUUCCACAUGGCACCUCCCCUGGGCCCGUGGACGCACAACAUAGUGGCCUGUGUGGUUUAAUUGUUGCAAAAUGUAUAGCUGGGAUAAAAGGGGGCAUCACCGUGCCCCACAGAAAUCAACCUGACAGUCGUGAAAAAGAGUGUCUGUAUUCUAGGCGACGUCACACAGCUUGUUCUCUCAGUGUAGAUGGGCAUGGGUACCACAUGUCCCCUUUGCGUCACCUCCUUAUGAUGUCAGCUCUGUUCUUGUUGGUCUUCUCUGUGAUUUGGUUCAAUUGCUCUAACGUGUGGCAUCUUUUCAGUGUAGGUAGCAGGCCUUUUAGAUAUAAAUGACUUCUGUUACCACUUCCGUGAUGUGUUGUGUACUCAUGUAAGACAGGGUCUAUACAAUACCAAAAUAUCUGGAUCAGAAAUGAAAAGUUGCACACCAGUGAAAGCCCAGAUGUCUGUUUCAAGAAUUCUAGAUGUUGUAAAUGUUUAUGCAAAUUCAUAAAUGCACGCCACAUUUCAAGUAUUAAAUAAAUAGAGUUCAGUGAUAUUAUUGGUUUUCUUCACCUGGAUAAAGUCCUUAACAGUCAUCUAGUCUGUAAUCCUCCUUUGGAGUCUUGGUCAGAAAUCUUUGUCUUAGAACAAAGACCAUUGCACUGAGCAGGGAGUCUUCAAAGGCCUUUUAGCUUUGCUUUGGGGUAGUCCAUGGAGAAAAAAAAAAAAAAGAGAGAGAAACAAAUGAAGAAAGUGGCCCGGAGAUGG